CGCUGGAAGAGAGACGAAUCUCGAGGAGGGACAACAUGUUAGCGAUGUGUUCGGCCGGAAGCCAUCAGGAUCAAAACGCAGCUUGUUAGUGGUGCUGGUGAAGAAACACCCGAAAGGCAUCCGUUAGGUCGCCUGCAAAUCCAGGUGCUACUGUAUGUGUGACGAUGGCUUGCAGAUGGCAGAUGGAAUUUCACCAGGCGACGGCACUGGCAUAUGCAGCCACCAAAGACGAAACACCACGAUUCGUUCGAUUCGACGCGUCUGCCAGAUGCAGUCUUCGGCUACUGGCGCUGGAGGCUGCCACUGAGAUGUCUCUCUCGCCAGUGUCCAGUGAGUUUGUGCGCCCUUGCUGAGGAAACCCAAACAAAGCGGGCCCUGCGCGCUGCCAGAUCCCAGCACAUAUGCCCGACGCGGCAUUGUAUAGUAGUAGGCAUGCACCUGGUAGGUAUGCUCCUGCACGUUCCCUCAUAGAAUUGGAAACUGUCUCGCCAGCCUUGUUCGUUUUCAAAAGGGGUCCUCCUCCAGCAGUUUCUCUCGUCUAUCGUCUCUCGCCAGAUAUCCGCAAGCGAGCAAUGUCUCACUCACCCGACCUCGCUGCCUCCUCACGGUCCAUGGCCCCUCGUUCGAAAACGUAUCCUCAGUUCAUUCUAUUUGGGGAUAGCAUUACUCAAGGCGCGAGUCAUGUCUUCCAGUCAUCUCUGCAAGACUGGUAUAUGAGACGGGUGGACGUCCUCAAUCGAGGAUUCAGCGGAUAUACAGCCCCUGCCGGCUACGACAACCUCCUCCAGUUCUUUCCACCUGUCCUGCCUUCCUCCUGCUUUCCCCGGGUCCAAUUGAUGACCAUCUUCUUCGGUGCGAACGAUGCGUGUCUUCCAGGCAAUCCACAACAUGUUCCAAUCGAGCAAUACAAGCAGUCUUUGAGAGAUAUUGUGAACUUUGAGGGGGUCAAGCUCCAUGAUACGAAAAUCAUCCUUAUUGUGCCAGCCCCGGUCGACGAGUGGCAGCUGGCCACCGGCGAAAGAAAAGCCUCAACCACGGCCAAAUACGCGGCUGCCUGUCGAGAGGUGGGACAAGAGCUGGCUCUCCCAGUCCUCGAUCUUUGGACCAUCUUCAUGCUCAAGGCGGGUUGGACAGAAGGCUCAACAGAUCCCUUGAUCGGGAGCAAGGCUGCGCCGAAGAACAAGGUCUUCGAAGAGCUGUUGUCGGAUGGAUUACAUUUCACGCCUACUGCAUAUCAGCUUGUUUUUGAUGAACUGGUUAAACUCAUUCACGAAAAGUUACCGGAUCAGCUGCCGGAGAAUCUGCCGUCUAUAUUUCCAGACUGGAGGGCUAAGUUGGGCGUCGUAACAUAAACAUGAUCUACUAGUAGAGCGAUUGAACGAACAGUUUGUACUACAAUAGAGGAUAGUCCUGUUUAUGAAAGAGAAUGGAAUUUCAAGUCUAGUUACACGUUUGCGCCGCGGACUCGGAGGCCUAGCCAGCACCCGGCCUGAGUUUGCUGCCGGGGCGCUGAUACCGAGAGGAAGGAAUGACCAGAGUGAACUUCAACAAUGAGCAUGGUUGCCAGAGAGUGGAGUUUGAAGAUUGGGUUGCUCUGUCAUACCGAAACAUGACAGAGUACCAUCAAGUGAGACGAGCAGUAGACAAGUCUAUUCUUCACCACUCUCGUCUUCACUCUCGUCAUCGCUCUCAGCCUCGUCGAGCCAUUGCAAGAAUUUCUCGGCAGCCUGGCGAACCUUUCGGCUGGUGGCAAUGUCGACGUAUUUCCUGCUGGACUUGCCGCCCCAUGCCUUGGCCACUUCCUCGCUCAGAAGGUCGUUCUGGUAGUACCCCAUAAGAAUCGCUGGCACUUGAGAGAUCAGCUCAGGAUGAUCGUUGCCAAUGAAUCGCUCAGUGCCUCCAAGGAAAGCCCUCAUGUGUUUCUCGGACUCGCCGAUCAUGGCUCUGAGCAUCUCGGCACGGGCAGGAAUCUGCUUGACAAUGUUCUCGUCAAAAAUGGUCUGAGCCAGAACAGUCAAUGUCUUGUGCUUGGUCUCAAUGCCCAAUUCUUU